AUGGUAUUUCGUUUCUCUGAGGACAUUGACAAGGAGCUCAUGCGCGAGGCUAUCAAGCAGAAACCAUACACCGCCAAAUACGGAGAGGCUGCUGCAGUAUGGGUUCAAGUCGCGAAGUGUGUGAGUGCUGCUGUCAAGGUUAGUCUAGUCGAUAAACAGGUACAGGAUCGCGUGCGACUGUUGAAGAAAAACUGGUCGGCGGGUGAGCUUCGUGCAGCUUUAGGCAGUGGUAUCGAGGAGGCAAGAAAUGCUACCAACGAACAGAGUCACUAUGACUCCUUACCUGGCCUAGUAGGGCAGUAUGUGUCUCUAGAAAAGGAUUUCAAGGCCCAAAAACAGUCGAACAAGGAAAAGAAGCAAGCUGAAGAAGCUCAAACUAAUCUCUGCGCUUCUCAAAUUGUGUCAGACGCUAUUACGCGCCGAGCUCGUCGGGGGGAAAACAUACUAUCAAGCGAUGCUUCUUCAGAUAGCGACGAUGGCACUGCUUCGGUGGCGUCUACUCCGUCAGUUAGCUCAAUAUCAACUCCAGGCAAAGUUCCAGCAGGACGCCGAAAAAGUGUUUUUCAGUUGGAAGUUGACAGGCAAGAGAAACGUAUUCGGCUCGACGCUGAGAUGCGCCGCGAGCAGUUUGAUCGACAAAUGCAAUUGCAGCAGCAGCAGCAUGCAGAACGACUAGCAUUCGAAAGAGAGCAACACGAAAAUCGCCUAGCAUUUGAGCGAGAGCGAGAAAGAUCUCGUGAGCACACCGAGGAACGCCUUAACAGGGCACGUGAAGAAGCUGAGGAGCGAAACAGACAGCUGAUAUUGCAAUGCGUCACGAUUUUCAGCAAGUCACUCAAUAGUAGUGACAAGAAGUAG